CCCGCAGGCGCAGCCUCGGGGCCCGGCACGAUGGUGAAGUUGGGGGGCAGCUUCGCGGAGAAGGGCGCCAAGCAGCCGCUGCUGGAGGAUGGCUUCGACACCAUCCCGCUCAUGACGCCGCUCGAUGCCAGCCAGCUGCAGUUCCCGCCCCCGGACAAGGUGGUGGUGAAAACCAAGACGGAGUACGAGCCGGAGCGCAAGAAGGGCAAAGCCAGGCCGCCCCACAUCGCCGAGUUCUCGGUCAGCGUCAGCCGGGGCGUCAGUGAGAGGUUCAAGGUGUCCGUGCUGGUCCUCUUUGCCCUGGCCUUCCUCACCUGCGUGGUCUUCCUGGUUGUCUACAAGGUGUACAAGUACGACCGCACCUGCCCCGACGGCUUUGUCCUCAGGAACACGCAGUGCAUCCCCGAGGGCCUGGAGAGCUACUACACGGAGCAGGGUGCAAGCGUGCGUGAGAAGCUCUACACGGUCGUCAACCACCGCAGCCUGGCCAAGCAGAGCGUCACCCGGGCCGUUUCCCCCUGGAUGUCGGUGCUGUCGGAGGAGAAGCUGUCGGAGCAGGAGACGGAAGCCGCCGAGAAGUCAGCCUAGCGCAGGCCGGCUGCCCCUU